CGAAUCACCUACCUUACGGGCUUACAUACUACAUAAAAGAAGGUGAAACCUAACCACCCUCAGCCCCUACAUAUUCGUACUCGCGACAAGGGACUGCUACUACCGUGCUUGGCCCCCACCUACUUGAUCUGUAUUCGGCUCCGUUUGUCAUACACACCGCCAUCGUCUUCAUGCGCUAGACAAAUCCCCAAGUCUUGUCCUCUGACGGCGCUGUGAGCAUUGAUAAGGAUACAUAAAUUGAGCCCCGUCUCUCACUUCCUGUUGUUGCACACGACCUGUCUCGUCGUUUUCAGAUCGGAUCGUCGCCAAGAUACUUCACCUUCAACUCCAAGCCAUGGCUCAAGAGGACACUGUUAAGCCACAGCCACCGCCAGCAAAAAAGCCCGAAGAAGAUCGUGCUGAGAAACCCAAAGACAAUGCUAAGAAACCCGAAGAACCUCGUGCUGAGAAACCCGAAGACAACGCUAAGAAAUCCGAAAAAGACCAUGCUGGAAACCCCGAAGAAGAUAAUUCGAAAAAACGCGAGGAAGGCAACGCCAAGCAACCCGAAAAAGACAGUGCUGAGAAACCAGAAGGAAACCUAAAGUAUCUAGACCUUAGUGAUGAGGCUGCUGCCGAAAUGCUCCAGAAGACGGGCGUUGUGGAGCCUGUGGUCUGGCCCGAGCCUGAGGAAACUGAGGAAGAAAAGUGGCAUGCUCAACGUCGGAAGGUUCCGCUCAAAGUCGAUGUGGAAUGGCUUGAUUUUGAGCACUUCAAAAACCGCUACUCGGAGAAGGAGGGUCUAGCAAUCAUCGAAGUCCUUUGUGGCCACUCUAAAAUCUUGCAGGAGAUCUUCCAUGAGACCACGAGACGGUCGCGUGGCAUUAAGAAGGACGUUCGGGUCGCAAGACCUGUACCCAACUUGAAGCCAGCCGUAGACGGGAACUCGGACUCGUAUCGAUACUGGAUCCAGCGCGUGCGGAUCCAGUCGCCGCAGCUCAUUCUCUUGCUUUCGCGUCUGACCGGGCAUCGCAAUUCAUGGUCAACGGACCAGCCACGAACAUUCUUUUCGCCCUUUCGCGCCUUUUACUACUACUUACCAGAGCUGACGAAGUGUCUCGACAUCCUCAGAAAAAGGUUCGGUCAUGUCGAUGGCCCCGACGACUCUACUCUUCCGAACUCAGCAACCACCGUUACCACCCUGACGCAAGCGGGGAGCAAGCCGGAGCAGGCGGCGUCUGUUGAUACCGCGGACCGUGGUAGCCCCCUGGGCGACGAGGACGACGAUGCUGUGGAGUGGGACAAUCCAGAUUUUCGGCCCCUACACCCCAAUAUGGCUCUUUCGGAUGAACUCGCCUCUGCUGUCACUUUGGCUCACCUUGAAACAUUCGUUAACUUCAUCGAGGACCACAUCGCGUCUGAUUGGCGGCGUGCUGCUGGUACCAGUCAACGCAAGUUCCGCUUUCCUGAGCUCUUGAUGGCAUUUCAGCCUGGAGAGUUGCUUUACUCCCCCGUGUUGUCCGAUUCGGUGCAGAACUCAGUCGCUGAGGCAGACUCGAACCCCAAGUUGUACCAAAUUGCAUGGCGGCUUUACGCUAUGUCGCCAGAUGAGAUCAAGGAUGACAAGCCGGAUGACACACAAAAGGCGAAGCAUGCGCUCUACCUCUAUGCUUACCACAUGGACUACAACGGCAACUCUUAUGUUCCCGUCCGCUACUGCUUCAAUAUCAAGGGCUAUGAGGGCGAGCGCGAUAUUACAAGCCUGAAAGUUUAUCCACUCCGUUUCGUCAAGACUGCCGAUAAGAUCAAAGAUACACUUCGCAAGCAGGGCACUCGAUUCCGUGAAUUCAUCACACAAAGGCAUCUCUCUUACGACGGGUGGACCCUCCCUUAUGGACCAGUUGCUGAGUCUGCCAGCUCGCCGCUCCCCGUCGAACACAUCGAUGGCGACGUCAUGAUCGACUUUGUUGAAGGCUACAAGUCAGAAGCGCUAGCCACCAUGGAAAAACCGACAGAAGGCCUUUUGCAGUUUGAUGACAGCGAGUGGGGUGAAGGAGACGACGAUCUAUCCAUUACGCAUUGGAGGCCAGUCAAAGAUGACGGGGAUCAGCUCGAAAAGUUUGCCUACUUCUCAGAAAAAACGCAGCGGGCAGAAUGGCUUGCUGAGCGGGAUACAAUGGAACAACGAAACAGCCGAAGGGCACUCAAGGCUUACAGUGAUGGAAAGCGCGUAACGGAAUCGGACCUGGAGGAAGACGAUCUCUUGCUGCUGCCUCGCAGAGUCGUUGCAUACACCUUCCGAGAACGCCGAUUCGUCUUGCUCGAUACCGAUUCGCUCACGCCGCUCCCAAAGUCGAGCAACGUCUUCGAUGAUCUGAGAAUCAAUCCAAGACACAAGCAAAUGGUCAGAUCACUGGUUCAGUCGCAUUUCGACAAGGAAGCUACCCAGAGACUGAGACCCAAUCUUAGUCUAAGCCAGGACAUUUUCCGUGGUAAAGGAUCCGGACUGGUGAUCCUCCUCCAUGGCGUUCCCGGUGUAGGCAAGACUGCUACGGCCGAAGCCGUCGCCCAAGCUAAUAACAAGCCCCUGUUCGUCAUUACCUGUGGCGACCUCGGCUUUGCCCCGGCAGAUGUUGAAGAUUCCCUCAAGAACAUUUUCCGGCUCGCCCAACUCUGGAACUGCGUUCUUCUGCUUGACGAGGCAGAUAUUUUUCUAUCACGCCGCCAGCUGAACGAUCUCAAGCGCAAUGCCCUAGUCUCUGUAUUUCUUCGGGUUCUCGAGUACUAUAGUGGCGUUCUCUUCCUCACGACCAAUCGGGUAGGCACCCUCGAUGAGGCGUUCAAAUCCCGGAUUCACCUCAGCCUAUACUACCCUCCGCUCGACUGGCAACAAACAAUGGAUAUUUUUAAACUCAAUAUUCGGAAAUUGCAGGAGAAUGUGAACAAGAAGCACAAGCUGCUUGAUGAGGAGCUAGGGUCCAACACACCCAAGCCGCCUAAGAUUGUCAUCGACGGUAAGAGCAUCCUCAGCUUUGCGAACGACCAUUGGAAUAGAAACGAGGCCGCUCGAGAGCAAAGAUGGAAUGGAAGACAGAUCCGGAAUGCAUUUCAAAUUGCCUACUCGCUCGCCGAGUUUGAUAUGAACAAUACCGUCUCGGAUCAGGGGGAAAACAACACCGUAGAGAGGGGCACUCCGCGCCGCGUGGCUGGCAACGGCCGGCUAGACCGCCGUCAAUUCGAAAUGGUGGCCGAGGCCAUCCAAAAAUUCGAGGAUUAUCUCUACUCGGCUACAAACGGAACAGACAGUGACCGAGCCCGCAAGGAGUUUAUUCGCGAAGACGACUACUAUGAGGAGCAGCAAUGGCCGCGAGACUCAUGGGGUAAUUCCAUGGCCUAUCGGCCACCGGCGCCAAGCCGGCAGAUAACACCCUCGGAUCGUCGUCAGGGUCAGGGCAAUGCUUACAUUUCUCCUCGCGGCUACAACCGACCCAUGCCAGCAGGACGGCCCGACUUGUCCCGACCGGCUCCGGUGCCAGGAGAGGAGCAAUUUGCCCCCGUAAGCAAUAUGAAUUGGCCCAAGCUCCAAGGGGGCAUGCCCCAGCAGGCUCAACAGCGGCGGCUCAAUGUCCCCAGCGGUGCCCCGCCUGGGCCGGCCCAAAGGCAAGCCAAACCACCGGCGAGACCAGGGGGAACACGCCGGGUCGUCGGCCAAGUAAACACGCCUGGCGAGCAGUACAUGGCGUCUCGAGGGAACAAUCAUAGCAUGAGGCCGGCGAAGUCUCCCCGACCCGCCGCUAGCCAGCGCAACGACUCGAGAUAUCAUUCAGGACUGAGCACCUCCACUCCGCAAGAUGAAGCUGACAUGGAUGAUGUGCCGCAAGACUGGGAAGACAAGGAGGACCAAGGCGGCGCUGCAGAUGGUGGUGAUGAUGAUGUUGCCUAUCAGCACCACGGAGACGGCGAUGGACUGGAUGACGAGAAUGAUCUGUAUGGACAUGGUGGCGAGGAGCAGCUUGAUGAUGCUGACAUGGAUCAGUACGGUGUUGAGGGCCAGGACGAAGGGUACCUUGAAUAUGGGAACGACGAUGAUGAGUGGCGUGAGUAUUAAACCGGCUUUCAGCUUUCAAGGGAUGCUUGCGCUGGUUGUGCUUGCGGGAUUGUCGAUUUUGGAAUGCGAGAUGAAAGGCUCGGGGGCUGUAGGUAAACAAACCAACUUCUGAUCUAGUUUGUAAGUAGAGUUACCGUUGAAAACUCUCCUGGAUUAUAUGCGCAAGGGGACCAUACUUGGAAUUAGGCGUUGCUAGUCGUACGUGUAGCCUCAGUACAGCCCCGGACUC